AUGUCUACGUAUCGCCACCACGGCUCUGACCGCUCCUAUCGCAGAUCACCAAGACGGCGCUCAAGAUCAUUCUCGCCAGACGAUUCUCGUAGUAGAUCUUAUAACGACUACCAUCAAGGCGAUAGAUUUAGUAGACGUUUCAAGGAAGAUUCUUCAUCAUCAUCAUCCUAUUACAAUAAUAAUAAUAAUAACAACAACAUGUCAUCUCAACAAUCUUCUUCCUCUCAAGACCGCCGCGUCUACGUUGGUAACCUCGCCUACAAUGUCAAGUGGGGCGAACUUAAAGACUUUAUGAGACAAGCCGGUGAAGUCAUCAACGCUGAUGUUCUUACCCUCCCUAAUGGCAAAUCCAAGGGUUGCGGUAUUGUUGAAUAUGCUACCCCUCAAGAAGCAAAACGCGCCAUUGAAGUCCUCUCCAACCAAUCAAUCAAUGGCAGAUCCAUCUUUGUUCGUGAAGAUAGAGAAUCUGAAAAUAAGGCUCCUGCUGCCCGCCCCUCUUAUGGCCAUGACCGACGUUCCCAUUUGGCCUCUUCCUCUUCAGUCUCUUCUUCCUCAGCUUCUUCCUCAGAACCAACCCAGGUCUAUGUUUCAAACAUUCCCUUUUCUGUCACUUGGAAAGAACUUAAGAGCUUGUUUCAAAUUGCAGGUGCCGUUCUUCAUGCAGAUGUCUUUCAAUCCCAGGGUCGCUCAAAGGGUACUGGUGUCGUCCUCUUUGACACUGCAGCUGAUGCUGACAAUGCAAUUGCCCGUCUCAAUGGUUACGAGUUUAAUGGAAGACCCCUUGAGGUCCGUCUCGACCGUUUCUACCGUCCUGGUGCAAGACCUGGAUCCCGUCCUUACCCCCCUCGCUCCUCAGACCACCACCACCACAAUAAUAAUAACAACAACAACAACCCAAGUGGCAACUCCCUGCUGCCCCACCACUCUUCCUCCUCCUCACCUCCCUCCUCCUCCUCUUCAGGGUUUGCCAACUACAAUGGCCCUGUCAAGCGCAGCCCCUUUACAGAUGGUGUUUCGGGUAAUGGCCAGGUCAAUGACACCAUUUUUGUCUCCAACUUGCCUUGGGCUACCACCGACCAAGACCUUGUUGAACUUUUCCAGUCUGUAGCCUCUGUGUCACGUGCUGAGAUUCAGCUUGAGCCCAGUGGUCGCUCUGCAGGCUCUGGUGUUGUUCAGUUUGAUACCCCUGCCUCAGCCCAUAUUGCUAUUGAAAAGCUUAAUGGUUAUGUCUAUGGCAAUAGACCCUUGGUCAUUUCCUUUGCAACUUACCCAGACUCUACUUCCUCUGCUGCUACCACUGCUGCAGGCAAUGGCUCUUCUGUAGUCACUCCAGUCGCAACUCCCUCGGCUCCUGCCAGUGUUGUUUCUGCACCCUCAACAAAUGGCUUUGCUGGUGAGCCCGUUGACACUGUCAUUCCUGAUGCCUCUCCUGUUGCUACUUCAGCUCCUGAGUCUUAG